AUGGCGGAUAAUCAAUCCUGCGACUAUCUCAUCUACCACGGCGCGGUCGUGAAGCCCAAUUCGGACAUUUCAGGGAUAGGCGUCAUAUUGGCCUUUGUCCUGAGCGCAUACGUUACCUUUAUCGCAAUCCUAGCCGCCUAUCUGUUCGGCCUCGUCGACGAGGAGCUACUCAACGAGGUCGACCGCCGCAUCUUUCAGAUCCACCCGUAUCGGUCCGGCACGCCCUCCUCGAGAGGUCCCCGGGGGCGGGUGUACAGAUGCGUACGACAUGUCAUCAUCAUCCUUAGCGACCAGCAAAUGUUUACGGGCAUCGCCAUCAUGAGCGCCGGCUUUCGUGGCCUGCAGAGCCGGGAGAUUUCCGUCUACCACUUCCAGAUUGUGCUGUACCUCGCCUGGAUGUCGAGCAGCGUGCAUCUCUCGGCCGUGACCCUGCUCGGGUCCUACUUGCGACGGCAUAGGGGUAUGCUGUUCUGGCGAUUUGCCGGUAUGCUCGUCCUUCUGGUCAUGCUGAUUGUCGCCCUCGUCCCGACCAUCAGCAAUGAUUGGGGCAUUUACUGGUGGGACGGUAUGCUCGACGGGAGGACGGGAUGGGCGAUCCCGGCGUACUGCUUCUGGGGAGAGCUAUGGGGAGACGGUGUUGGACCAGAUGCGCCGUUGGGCUUUGUCAUCCUGGCGGUCAGUUACCUGUGGAAGAUGGGUGCGCUCUUUGAGACGACUACCGGAGCGUACCGCAGCUAUCUCAAGAAUCCCAUCGAAGACGCUAUACUCGGAUCCUUGACAUAUCCGGCAACCAAAUACCGCGACAGUCAAAUAUCCUGGUUCUGGUUGUGGAUCUUCCGUCUCGCGCUUGGAAUUGCUCUUCCAACCAUGGCCAUCGUCGAGUGUGCGUCUUCAUUUGCAGCAUCUCUGUGGCUGUCUCUGACCAGUCUUCUCUACGGCACUAUUCAAAUAUUCGUCCCGCGCGGACAAAUGAUCCCAUUGACUGGGUCUAGUGAAAGCUCCUGGGGAUUUGGACAAUUGGUGCCGCUUAUUCUUCUCAUCCAGCCCGUGGGAGUACUAUUUGAGCAUCUGCACUCGCAAAACAAGAGUAAUGAAAGCCAGAAUGGAGACCACGCUACUGGACAUGACACUAUUCGAGACGCAAUAGAAGCGGCGCCUGCCAUCCCGGGUAGUCAAAAACCAUCAUUACUAGAAAUACUUGUCAACAAACGCGACGAAGAGUUCCAAAAAGGUCACAGCCGACACAAGGCCAUCUGGAAAUUGCUCUACUCGAGCAAACUGUUUGCCAUGAUGGUCUACCUCGUGCAAUUGGCCAUCGCCGCCAUUUGCGCAGUAGUCUUUUACUUUGACGCUCUCACCAUUGGAAAUGUGCGUUCUGACAACUGGUCAUUUAUACUUGUUGCCCUUGCAGCCUUCUUGGGCGCCGGACUAGUGUCUAGUAUCGUCCUGGCGCCGUUGAGCGUGACUGGGCGGCGUCCUCGAAAAAUGAAUGGGGAACUACCGGUUGUUCGAGGGAAUGAACGACUCCUUGAACUAUCACAUGUUCGCACUUGA